GCCCGGGGGACUGUCUGAGCUGGGAGAGCCACAACCUUGCGUCUUAUCAUCAUGUCCUUGCAGGCUGAUUUCGACCAGGUGGCCCAAGACGUGAGGAAGCUGAAAAGCAGACCGGAAGAUGAAGAACUCAAGGAACUCUAUGGGCUCUACAAACAGUCCGUCAUCGGAGACAUCAACAUUGGUGCGUGUCCAGUCAUGUUAGAUCUAAAGGGUAAGGCCAAGUGGGAAGCUUGGAACCGCCAAAAAGGGCUGUCGAAGGAAGACGCCAUGCGUGCUUACAUUUCGAAAGCGAGAGAGCUGAUUGAGAAAUAUGGAAUUUAGAAUAUGACGGAGGAGACGACAGAUCUCCUCUGGAAGCCUCCAUAUGCAUUAGUCACUCUCUACAUAAAAUCAUGUAUUUUUUUUUCUGUUAGCAUGAAUUAUAAUCCUCAGGACUAUGUCAACAGUUACCUGAUUUUACUCACUCGAGCAAGGUGACUUUAAAAAGUUCCUUUGCAAA